GCGAGGCUCGCUAGAGUUAAGAAAAGAGAAUGGAAUGUAAGGAAUUUUGUUUCUUAGUUGAAUGAGUAUCACUCAAUUAAUGCAUAAAAAGCGAAAGUACUCCUGAUCCACUACCGUCAUACUUUAAUUUAAGAGGUGUAUUAUGGCUAUACACCAGAGGAGGUACAGAAGGCGAUAAGAUUUCUGACUAGUGAAUUAUGUCCUCACUGUCCCUGCAUAAUGCUGCUAAUAAAAAGAAGAAAAUAGUAAAUGUCAUCUUAUUGAAUGGAGAAGCCUAUCAAGUCACAGUGGAUGUCAAGUCCAAAUUUCUGGACGUCUUCAACCAGAUUACCUCUUACCUAAAUCUUAGGGAAACGGAGUACUUUGGACUGGCACAAAAGAAAGAUGAGGAAUAUUUGUUUGUUGCAUUGGAUGAGAAAAUCCACAGACAAGCUCCUAAGUCAUGGAAAUCAGGAAACGGAGAGGGAUUGGAUGAACGUGGUCAGCCAAUCUUAACAGUUCAUUUCCGUGUUCAUUUCUAUGUUGAUCAGUUUGUGUUACUUAGGGAAAAAGUUACUAGACACCUGUAUUAUCUCCAGUUAAAGGAAAAUCUGCUGAGUUACAAUCAUGUUUGUUCAGAAGGAAAGUGUUUUCAAAUGGUGUCUUAUGCACUUCAGGCAGAUUUUGGCAAUUAUAAUUCAGACAAGCAUGGAGAGGGUUACUUUGAUCCAAGGGAAUACUUUCCUGCAUGGAUGGUAAAGAGAAGGGGAGAAAACUACAUUGUGAAUAACACACCAGUCAUUCAUCAAGAUUUACAAAAUGUUACAAAGUCGGAGGCAGAGUUGCGUUUUAUUCGUGAGGCCUCCAUGUCACCUGCUGCACACAAUCUUCAUUUUUAUCGUCUGCGGAAACGGAAAACUGACAAAACUUGCAAUGCAUGGUUAGGUGUUUGUGCCAAAGGAAUUGAAUUAUAUGAGGAAAUUGAUGAUUCAUUCAAAAAUCUCAUUUCAACAUUUUUAUGGCCUGAUAUUGGAAAACUUCACUUUGAGAAAAAGAAGUUUGAGAUUCAGUCUGGCCCAGGAGGGAGAAAAUUUGCUUACUACACAGACUCUGAUAGCAAGUCCAAGUACCUGCUGUCUCUGUGUCGGACAACUCACAUGUUCCAGAUGGCCAUCCAACCCAAGCUUAUGGAGAUCAGACAUCUAGAUGCAGAAGAUAAGAGGAGAUAUCGAGAGUCUUAUAUUUACUCAGACACUCAAGACCUUGUGACAAAUGGAGGAGCUUUCCGUGGAAACUUAUCUCCCUCUUCUAAAGGCACAACCACCAGGUUCUCUGUGGUCAGUGAUGCUAGUUCUAACACCACGUCAGGCAUUGCCAGUGACAAAAUGACCAUCAGUUUUGAAGAGAGUGAUGAUCACAACAAGGAAAUUAUUAUAGAUUGUCCACCACAAGUGUCAAGCUUUAGAAUGUCUCCUCGUCAAGGGAGAUUGAAAGCUGAUGGAGUCAUCUCCACAUUGCCAAGUUAUGUUCCUUCACGAAGUAAGAAGACUAGCCCUAAGCUGGACUAUAAGUCUGCCUCAGUAGGUCGAGGAAUAAAACGUGUAGAUCACUCACCCUCACUGGGAAGACCCACCCUCCCACCGAGUACAUCACCCAUCAUCCGGCACAUCGAUAGAAUAUCACCCACCGCCACACCUGUCAUUGGUGCUCAUAGGUCUGAUAUCAGUGCACACAGUGGACAUAGUACCCACAGUGUUCAGAGUUCAAGCACUAUGUUUAACAGUUCUGAGCACAUGAACAAGUCUCCGAGCGGGAGUAGUCUUGGCUCCUUACAAGGAGGAAGACUCAGUUUGCCCUGCCCUCCUCAAUCAGUACCACCCACUUACAACAGUGCUAGGACAGUGCCCGUCUAUGUCGCACACACUACCACCUCUAGCUUUAGUCAUUCAGAUGCAAUUUCCUUUUCACAGCCUGUUAGUAGAAGCACAAGUCGUGCGGAUAGCUUUAACAAGAACUUUGGAAGAUAUCAACUCCAGGAGAAUGAACCCUUUGUUCCUCCAAUUUCAAAUCAAUUGCAGACUACUUUCCCUAGCACCCUGGCACCAUGUAGUGGAUGUGGCACCUCAGUGUUAGAUGCCUUGGCUGGUAACCUUGUUUUAUCCAGCUAUCCUCCAGUUACUCAAGGCGUGAUGACGGAAGUGUCCUACACCAAACCAGAGAUGACUGAGUCCUACAUUCCUAACAGUGAAAUGACCCUACCAGAAAUGACAAAGGAGUAUCUGGCCCCACCACCAAUGUUUGCAGACCUAAGUCACAAUGAAUCCACUGACUCAGCAUUGUCUGGAUCUAGUAAUUUGGACCCCAAGUUAUCUGGAACUUCAGAGAGUGGGUCUGUAGACUAUGUAGAAUCUGAUCUUGAAGAGGUGAAACAAGAAAAUGAGCCAAAGAAUGAAAACCCACCGACUCAAAUUUCAGUCAAUAAUCAAGAGGAAAUUCUCCAUCCAGAAUUAGAGGAAAUUAGAGGUCAGCCCAGUGCAUUUUCUUCAUUUUCCAUGAUAACAAAGCUUUGCAAUGACAAAUCAUUGAUGCAAACUCCAUAUCCAAAAGUAACAGUACCCAUGAUUGGUGCAUAUGAUAUGAGUUCAAUGAGGUCAACGGACUCUAGGAUAUCGCAUCUAUCACAUGAAUUGGAUUCUCGGCGUUUGUCAUCUUGUUAUCCGGAAUCCUCUCAGGCUAUGGUAACUCCAGUCACCCCUACACGACCAUACAGCUGGCAUAGUGAAAACUUUGACCUUGACUCCCAGUUGACCUUGAUGAAUGGUAAUGUUGCUAUGAUGCCUGGGUACUUUGAUAACCACAGUAGCAUGCCACAUGCCCUGGGUGGGAUCUUAGUGGCACCUUCUUCUCUAGCAAAUUCAGUCGCUUUGGACUUUGCAAGACAACAAAUGAUUGGUGAUAGAUACUCACCACAGUCAAUAGCGAGUCAUUUAAUGAUACCUUCUAAACUUUCAAGUGGUGGACAUAGUACAACGGACAGGAACAUCAGUCAGAAAGCUUUUAAAGAGACAUAUGGGAUAGCAUAAAUGCAGCACCUGGAUACCUAUUAUUCAUAUUCAAUUUUUUUUCUUACAAAUCUUUUCACUUUAUAUCUGCAAGACAUACUUUUCAUAACUGCUGAUGUUUACAAAGAUUAAUCCCGCUUUCUUCCAGACAGUAGAUCUGAAAUACACUUAUAAUGAUUGAACAAAUACAUUUUGAGAUUUUGAUUAUGUUUGUAUUGAUGAGUGAAUUUUCAGAGUACAGUUUGUUAAGUUCAGUGAAAGAUAAAAAAUAUUUACUGCCAAAAAGGAUGUUAGAGUGUGUCAGAAUACUGAAGAGUAGAUAUUUUUAUUGUUGAAGAUUAUUUUUUAUCAAAUAUUAUUUUUAUGUGCUGUGCACAAAAUGAUAUUGUUCUAACAUUUACAUUGUUUCAAAAUUUUGUACAUUCAUGUACAUAUGUACAUCUAAGAAAAUGAUCUUUAGUGUACUUUGAAAAUUUUGGUAUUGAAAAAGAACAGGACCAUGUCAAUACUGUUAUAUAAUGUUAUAAAUUUGUGUUGAAAAAGCAUUCUAUGCAAUUUAAUUGGAUAAGAUUUUAUAUUACAAAUUUAUAUUUUAAUAUGUGUAUCACAUUUUCUCUGUAUACACACAUAUUUUGUUUUUCUCUACAUUUGCAAUAAAAUAAAUCAUUGUUAUAUGAUAUGGUUAAAAAAAAAAUGUUGUGAUACCUAUAUCUCAAUAUGAAAGGUUGUAAUAUUCUCAUUUUGUCUUGAAAGGCAAAAUAUCAUGAAGAUGGUAAAUAUCAUAUUUCCAGCUGAUUGUUUGAGCUUUAAGGUAUAGAUAUAUAUAUAUAUAUAUGUAUGUGUAUUUGUAUUGGAAUUUUAACUUUGAAAUGUUUUGUAUCAAAGUUUAUGCAUUUUACCAUGAUAUUAUUUUAGUUUUUCGGAUGAGCUUCAGAGAUGAAGUUUCUUUUCCUUUUUUAUUGUAAUGAAGGAUUUCAGAGUUGCAUUGUAAACUAGCAGAAAUAUUCAAGAAAAUGCAGUGUAUUGUGGGUUUAUAUGUUCCCGGUUAAAGUUGGAAAAAUAUCUUAACAGUAAUAUUAAUGCAGAUAAUACAUGUGAUUUUUUUAUUUUGAAAAAAGUGAUUUUAUCACUAAGCAUACACAAAUCUUUGAAACAGGAGAUUGAAGUUUUCUCUAUGUAUUCAAGAUACUAAACUGCACACAGGAAAUAUAAUGUAGAUUUAUUCUAGAAUUUAUUAGAGAAAAGUUUAUAACAGUUAUUGGUAUAAAAUGUUCUUUUUUUUUACAUCCUGAAAAAUUUUGUAUUCUGAUCUAUAGCUUACAAUGCAGCUGUGAAUCCACCGGCGAAUCAUUCUGUGAUGUUAACCUUGUGAUAAUGGCUUAAUAGCCAGCAUUUCUUAAUCACGGUCAGUAUAGCCCUUACUACAAUGCUUACAUGUUUGUAAAACAAACAUUUUCCAUGCUCAUUUAUUAAUAAAAUCCUGGGUAAUAAUAAUUUUUAAAUGCUGUUGUCAAUGGGAAAACUUUUUUCCUUCCUGAUAAUAAUGAAAGAGCUAGAGCCACGAACCAUCAAAAUGUGCCUUAAAUUUUAGACAAAAUUUAAGUUUGAAAUCACUAAGCCUGUCAUAUGUUAUAUUGUAGUGCACAAUGUCAUGCUAUUCUACAUACAAUUUUUUGCCACACAGACCACCGUCUUUAGCACAUGCGCAGCAUCAAAUAUACAAAUGAAGUUAAAAACUGCUAAAAAACGUCGAUUUUACGGUAGUUAUUUCAAAAUUUGAAUGUGGCCACACUCAAGUACCGAUUCCAAACUUUGCAGAGAGAAAAAUAUUACAUAUAUGCAUUUUUUAAGC